UGGAGAAAGAACGCAAGAUCACGCCUGGAGCGAUUCCACCAAUACAACGAAACAGCAAAACAUCUCUCUCCUUUUUCUCGUGGGUCACAAAACACAGAACAGAAGAACGCAAGUUACAAACCAGAAUAUAAGAGAUAUAUAUUCGUGUCUCCAUAGUGGAGAUUUGUUAAGUAUUUUUGUUAAUUGAUUUAAUUAAAUUGAAAUGAGAUUAAAGUAAUUGAAAAUGGGUUCAGAAUCGAACUCGACUACUACGUCAACAUCAGUAUCAACAUCAUCUCCUAGCUCAAGCGGAAAGCGAAGUAGAGAUCCAGAGGAUGAAGUUUAUCUCGACAAUCUUCACUCUCACAAGCGUUACCUCAGUGAGAUAAUGGCUUCCAGCUUAAAUGGAUUAACUGUUGGAGACUCACUCUCAGAGAAUCUCAUGGAAUCUCCAGCCAGGGAUGAACUUUCCAUGCAGUAUUCACCAAUGUCUGAAGAUUCUGAUGACUCAAGAUUUUGCGAGGCCCAUAUACACACUUUCUUAUCCCAGAGUGAUAGCCUGCCCACUAGUCCAGUCUCUCCGUACAGGUACCAAAGGCCACUCAGUGGGUUCUGUUCUGCUCCUUCCACCAGUUCAUAUCCUUCACAUAGCUGUACUGUCAGUGGCUCACAGCCACGUCAACGAGGCUCGGAUUCUGAGGGCCGCUUCCCAUCAUCACCUAGUGAUAUAUGCCACUCAGCUGACUUGAGGAGAGCUGCGCUCUUGAGGUCUGUGCAGAUGAGAACACAACCUCCUGGCAUGCCAUCUUUUGAACAGGAACCUGUUGAAGAGCGACCAUGCUCAUAUAUCAAAUCUUUAGUUGAUGAGAGGGAGUAUCAGAUUGAGGAGUGUUCUUCGCUGCAUAUGUCAGAGCCUGAAUUUAGUCAGGAGAAGUCAUGUAGAGUGUUGAACAUGAAUAUGAAAGGGGAUGAGUCUCGGGGUUAAAUGCUUCAGGAAGCAAAUUCUUCAAAACUGGUGCUAACCCUCAUUUUGUGAGUUUUUGUUUUUGUUUUUGGUUUUUUUUUUUUUUUUAGGAGCAGGUGGAUGGCAGCACCCAGUGAUUUUUUUAUUAUUAUUAUUUUGGUUCGUUCUUGUAACCUACGGCUUUCAUCAGUGUCUCUCUAUUGCACAGAAUAUAGAAAAGGCUAUAGACAGGCGACACUUGUUUCCUCAGUAAUUUGUUGAUGUUGAGCUUCUAAGUUCUAACCUGACCAAUUUUAACGUUUUUUAUGUUGUAAAUCGAUGAUGUAUAUUUUCGACAUUUGCUAUAAUGAUAUUUUUUUCCCUGUAUUCUCUUAUCUUU